CACAAUCUCACUUGAUUAUAAAUCAAUGUACUUAAUUCGACAUAAUUUUGUUCGUGUUUGUAGGUGGUGUAUAACUAGCUUUAACAGGAUGUACGCGUUUUUAAUUGUAAACACUCUGGGGGCUCAUUCAAGUGCAGUUUGUUCAAUGCCCUUUGAACAAUUUUACUAGCGAUUAUUCAACUAAUCGUUGUGAAGGAUUUUUUUUAGCACGAGCUAAGUUCAGGCGAGGUAAGGGAUACAAUUGAAAGGAAAUAUAAACUCCUUGUAGAAUCAACACAUUAUUUCAGACCUUGUAAACAGAAUUAAAUAUUAAAUAAACAAGGGAAUGUAUCACAUCGUACAGAAAUCAAUGACUUCACAGUUGGGCAAUGUUUCAAAGCCUGUGUUUAUUAUUGUCGCCGAUAAUUAAUGGGGCAUCUAAUGGAAAAUAAAUUUCAUAAAACCUAUUGAUUUUUAUGUUGCAGUAAUUAUUAAGGCAUGUUGAUAUACUGUUUACCUAACUGUCACACAAUGGGACUAUUCUAAAGGCCUAAAGUGUACUUCCCUCUAUAGCUUGGAUAUUUCUUCUGCACAGUUUAAUAAUUGUAAGGUAUGAAAAUCCAUUAAAUAAAAGCAAUUAAACUACAAAGAGAAACCCCAACACGAAUUAUAUUUCUAAUUGUAGUGGGUAGGAUAGUCCUACUAAUUCAAGCUCAUUGCAAGAGAGCGGCAGUACUCUCCUGGGCCAAUGGGAAAACUCUUUAAUUCACAAGAGAUUUAAAUAAGUACUUAAUUCCAUUAUAUCAAUCGUACAUUAUAAAUAAUCUUGUCUAUUGCAAGUUUCAAAUAUACAACUUUAAAGAAGAGUAGAAUCAUUUUCAAGGACUUCUCACAGUCGGAUCACCAUCGUGGACACACACACAAGGCAAUUGUUGGACAUUUUUAACUUUCCUAAAUAACGUUAAAUAUUUACUCCAAGAUCUUCUUUUAUUUUCAAUUUAUUACUGUAAAAUAUUUAAUCCAAUUUCUAAGCACACUUGAUCUGUGAUAUACUUUCACUGUCGGCAAAAAAAAAAGGCUCAUGAUUAAGCAGGCCUUCUCUGGAGGUUGACAGCUAUUUGUUCAAAUGAGCAAUACAUAGUUUCUACUUGUGAUCUGACUUGCACGAUGUAAGCACAUUAAUAUCAUCAUAUCCAUCACAAGCCGUGGUCGAAGGAAAUCUUUUGGUUAAACUGCACAGAUGUGUGCAACACAGGAAAGCAAAUAAAGCUAGCAUGUUACUGCAAUAAGACAAAGUAGAUAAAUUAGCAGUUAUUUAUUUAAAUAAUGGUUUCUCUUUUGCAAUGUGGCUGUUCAUAUCAGUGUAAUUUAAACACGAAUGCAUGUACUGACAUGAAUCAUAAACAGGGAAGUUGUGAAGUAGAAUUUGGACUUUUUUGGAAAAAUAUAAUUCCGGAUUCCUCAUAUAUAUAACUGUUUACGAAGUUUGGCUUGAAACAUAAUGGUAGGCUCCGCUGUUCAAUCAUCAACGAAUUAAUGUCCACAAGUAAGUGAGAACUGAGAAAUAACAGAGGCUUUCAUCUUUCUUAUUAAACAACGACAAAUACAACUAUAAAGGGAGCCAUUUUGAAAUGAAAGAAAAUCAAUUUAAUUGCUGGUAAGAUUAAGAGUAUUCAAGAAAUUGCACAGUGCACGUAGAACACCAAACAGACGAAACUGGUAGGCAGAGCCUAAUAUUCACUCUUUGGAAAAUUAACAGUAUGGAUGUUAAAAAGACAUGGCUAGUUUUCAAUCUUCGCGUCAGGACUGCGUAAUAAUAAAAAUGAUCUCCAGUUGUUAAAACUACCAAUUCAACAGCAACUUGAAUAUUAUUCUGAGGGCCAGUGCAGGUUUAUUUUCUCUUUCUUUUGGAUGGCGGGCCAUGUAUAUAUAUGAAACCCCCCCUCACAUGUUGGAGAGAUAGUGAUCUUACACUUGAAAGGAAAUAGACCCUUUCGGUGUAAUGAGUUAACGGGGCGAAUCUAAAGCAGAGAUAUAGGCGCACAUGCACCAGCCGUGCCAACAGCAAGUAAUUGUAGUGAAAAUCCUACAGAGGGUCGCAUUGAAAAUCCGGAAUUAAGAAAUCGGCAGAAUAUCCAGACAUAAAAAUAACCGGAUACCUCACCAGAAAAAUUAAUUCGGAGUCAUAACCCAGCUGAGAAGUACGGAAGAAAAAAUAUAUUAAGUGGGCGCCAUGGCUAAUCAGGACGAACUUGCCAAUGCAGCUGCUCAAGGGAAAUACGACAAGGUGAAACGAUUGUUGAGUGAUGGAGCAGACGUCAACGGGAUCAAUACAUUUGGUAGGACCCCCUUACAGGUGAUGAAAAUGGGUUGUCCGGAACUUUGUCGCCUUCUCCUGGAGCACGGAGCUGAUCCGAACCGGCAGGAUAAUCAUCAAAUGGCACUGAUCCACGAUGUCGCCAGGGAAGGUUUCCUGGAUACGUUGCAAGUUUUGAUCGAGGUCGGAAAAGCUGACACGAAUCUCCGAAACAAAAACAACCAACGACCCAUCGAUCUGGCAGAGCAACACGGCCAUCAGGAUAUUGUGAACUAUCUAGGUAACCUAAAUCCAGCCGAUUGAGUGGCUGUGUCCUCAUUGAGAGACGUCCCACCUUCAUUUUAGUUUGAAUUUUUAAAACUAUACUCGUUUUCACAGAUUUUUUUUUAAAAAAAGAACAAAUAUUGAUAUUGUUGUAAAAUGCAAAAUGACAAUAAAAUAUGGUAAAUACGAAGAUGUUUUUUGAGAAUUAGUCUAUAAAUGUGCAAAUGAAACAUUGGCAAUAAUAUCUUUGGACGGUUUAGUUAUAAAUAAUUUAGUCACAAUGUAUUAUUUCAGUUUAGGAUUUCUUGAAAGUUGUUUUUUAUUAAAUUACUUGGACAGCCCUUUGUCGCUUAACCUCACUUUCUGGCAUUCAGUUUCUUUAUAACUAGACA